UGUGGGUGGGAGAGGCCACCGUGGUGUAGACACUCCUCCGCCCACCGCAGCCUCUAGAAAUCAGCAGUGGAAACGUUCCAUGGUAUGGUAGUGUUGCGGUUGGAGCUGCAGUCCGAGCUUUGGAUUUAAUCACCUUACAUCAGUUCUAUGUAUUAUUCAAAUGUAGGGAGAGGAGAGAAAUUUCUAGUGAACGAAACCUUGUGAAAGCCUUCUGGCUCUGCUACCUCCCCCCUGCAUUUAACCCAGCCGCCUGCGACGUCCUUUACAAGGUGAUGCGCGUCUUUUGCUUUCCGUGUUAGCCUUUAAGCAUUCUCAUCGUCUAAGUCACGGUUUCUCCACCGUGACCCUCGGACAUUUGGGGCCGGGUCAUUCGUUGUUUUCCCUCGGCAUUUGCUCCACACCCGAGAGCCUUCAGCAGGAACACCUGAAGCCCUGCUCCUGAGGGCUCUUUUUGGUUUUUCUUCUGAUGAGGGGCAGUGCUAGGGAGUUAACGCCUAUGAAAGGAGCCCUGGGCAAGUGUUGGAUGGGGAGGCGCCGGAGAGCUGGGACAAAUGUGCGGCGUGGUCCACACUGCCUCCCAGCACUCUCUGAUGGGAUUGGGCCCCAGUGGCCACAGAAGUGACUUGUUUGAUAACGCACCUCUACCGAUAUCUGCCCCUUCGCUGACUCCCCUCCCAAAUAAACUGUAUACAUUCACAUCCUUGUCUCAGGGUCCACUCGUAGGGGAACGCGAGCUGAGACUCCGUGUUCCAAACAUUGCAAUUCGGGAUGUCUGGAGAAACCUUGAGCCAAUUCUCUAAGAUUUGUCCAUGAAACGCCAUUGAUCAGUGUUGUCACCAAGUGCUCUAAGGCCUACAUCCUGGGUGGGCCAGGCCACGCUGGGGAUGGGUGCGCGCUGCUGUGUGUCUGUGCCGAUGUGGACAUUGUUAUUUCUCGUGGGUUUGUUCUGAGUAAAGCUCUUGGAAAUUGUGUUUUCCCACAAGUUCCACAAAUGUUUCCACAUUUUAGAAAUUGUUUGAGCAUGCUCUAAGCUGUGACUUUGAAAGUCAAACAGUUUUGGCUGGUGAUAUUAUUUUUAAAGAAACAAAACAGUCUUGUUUUGUUUUUAAUUCUGGCUUUUGUUAUGCUUUGCAAUCCUUUUCUGCUCUGAGGGCCUUUACUUCCUUUGUUUAGUGCGUGGCUUUGCAGAAGGCUCAUGGAAGUAUUUGGUAGACAUUUUUAUACAGAUGUGAUUACAGUGAAUUUUCCUGGUAAUACUUUACAUUCUAAAGCCCUUAUAACAUAGAAUGUUUCAUUUAAUCCUCACCCAAAUCUGGGAUGAUAGGAUUAGCAUCACGCUUUAAUGAAAGAGAAAGCCAAGUUCCAGAAAGUUUAAGUGAGUUUCUGUUUAGCACUUUUAACUAGUCACGAAUUAACGUAAAACUUUCAUCAAUGUGAUCAGUGGUUCUUCAAAGACCGCAAAGAAGGACCACAUGCUCUCCAAGGGGUGUAGAGCUGUAGGAUGUGGGGAAACAUGGGGAGGAGAGGACACAGCCCUCAGCAGCAGCUAGCAUGCGGAGAAAAUGAACACGAGUGAGUCAGAGACUAUAGCAGCAUGUCCCUAGGUGCUUUUCUGACCUUCCAGGAAAUCUUCACUAUUGCCAUCAGUCUCCAGCGACCUCUCAGCACCAUGAAAGUUGUGGUCCAUCUUUCCUGCGGCAGCAGCUAGGAGAGCAUGGCACCCCUGUGUCGGUUCACACAAUCUAGUGCAAGUCUUUAUCUUGCUUGUGCUAAGGUUGUGCCUGGCAAGAAGAGGAAGUACACGACUGUUUCAUAUGUCGACGUUGGAUUUUGAGUCGAGGUCCAAAGCAAAUUGGUUCUGUUCCUGCCAAGGACUGGAAUCUUACCUCUGGUACCCAGCCCGGCCUCAGAGUCCCCACUGACAGUUGCCAUCCCUGAGACUGAGCUCAGUCUGGUUUCUUAAGCCUUUGCCUGUUGCCCAGUGUCGGUACCGGGGUUGCUCCUAUGGGAACCCAACCCGAUUACCUCCUCUGGGCCCUUCUACCAACAAUGAACCUGAGUCAUGACUAAGGCAUUCUGCACUAACCAGGAUUUAUUUGGAAAACAGAAAACCUUUAGCUAUUUCAAGAAGAAAGUGAUUUGAUACAAGAGUUGGAGGCUUACUAAGGAACUGGAGAGGCCGGCAGCCACCUUUAUCGAAAUGGGGCGGAUAGUAACAUAAAGAAAGAACCACCGGUGAUCUCAGCUACCUGCCGUAGCCAGAAGCACCUGGCGACACCUCCCAUUGCUCAUCUGCCAAAGCCCACACACCUGCCUGUCGCCACCACGCUGGGCAUUGGCUUCUCUCCUGCCCCAUGAGUGUGUCCUGUUUGUGUGGCCUCACUCUCAACCUCGAUGACACAAAGCCUGGAGAAGGUAGCUCACACACUUCUAGCCUCAGAGAUACUGGGAACAGCGUAAAAGAAAGAACAUAGUGCUGAGUAGCUUACUGAUAGUACAGGCUAUAUCCUGUCUCUAGAAAUUUUCUGAAGCUGGGUAUUGAGCCUUUAAGUAGGACACUUAAAGAGGACAGUGUUACUCCUCCAAAGUCAAAGAUGCUAAGAAAAACAUUUCUUAUCUGGAGCUCUGUAACGGUGGCCUUGCAGAUGCCACUGCCCCGGAAGCUCUGGUGCUGUCCAGCCACCGUCGACCCCACCGUGUUCUUCAACGUCACCGUGGAUGGCAAGCCCUUGGGCCAUGUCUCCUUUGAGCCGGUUGCAGACAAAGUUCCAAAGACAGCAGAAAACUUUCGUGCUCGGAGCACUGGGGAGAAAGGAUUUGGUGAUAAAGGUUCCUGCUUUCGCAGGAUUAUUUGGGAAUUUCUGUGCCAGGACUGUGCCUGCACAUGCCAUAAUGGCACUGGUGGCCAGUCCAUCUAUGGGGAGAAAUCUGACGAUGAGAAUUUCAUCCUGAAGCACACGGGUCCUGGCAUCUUGUCCAUGGCACACGCUGGACCCAACACAAAUGCUUCCCAGGUUUUCAUCCCCACUGCCAAGACUGAGUGGUUGGAUGGCAAGCAUGUGGCCUCUGGCAAGGUGAAAGAGGGAAGGAAUAUUGCAGAAGCCAUGGAGGGCUUUGGCUCCAGGAAUGCCAAGGCCAACAGGAAGACCACUAUUGCUGACCAACACUUGACUUGUGUUUUAUCUUAACUACCAGACUAUUGCUUGUGUAGCUCAUGAAGGCACCCGUUCACCCCCAUCUGCUGGAAAUAUCCUAUAAUCUCUGUGCUCUCGCUGCAGUUCUGUGGGUUCCAUAUUUUCCUAAUACUCCCCUCCAGGUCUAGCUGGAUUGUGGAGUUAUGUUUAUGAUAAUGAAAGAAAAACUAAACAGCAACAAUAACACCAACCAAAGAUUCUGUAAUGGUUCUAAUAGUGGAUGUGAAUCACUUGUAUCAAGUGAUUUGAUACAAGAGUUGGAGGCUUACUGACUAGUCCAAGCAGAACUACCAGGAAAAUUGGGCAACUCUCUGUACCCACACCCUUACUCUGCGCGGUAUAGUUGUACCCUGAGAUUUCCUUAUUUCCUGGUAAAAUAUGUACCACACUUUAGUCAGCUGACUCAGUGUCUGUUCUACUCCUGUAUGCCAAGGUCACAGUCUUGGAUACGUUUUGGGCUAAGUCUGCUCCUCCAGAGACGAGUCUUGGAAAAAGUCCCCAGGAGGCAGUGGGGACUGGCCAGUGGGUCAUCCCUGAAUACCUGCUCCAUCACAUAGUCGUCCAGGGCAUGGGACUUGGCUGAGUGCUAACACCACUGUGGCUGUUGCUUUUAGUGGCAUAUUAUACUUGUCAUCUGAUUCACAACAUUUGCUUCCAGAAGCUGUGCUUUUGGCCUGGGUGCAAGACUAAAAGGCUGAAGCAACCAUGAAAUUGACCUAAUGCUGUUUAAAAAUGUUACUGCUUCUUACGAGUCAUGAAGUCUGAUUUACUCCUCAUAGAAUGCUAAUAAUCAGGUUUCUUUUCAUCGCAAAGUGAAAUAGUCUUUGUAUAUUCAUGAUUAGGUAUUGGGAAGGAAAUUUUACUCUGUUUAGUAGAUUAAUUAAUAGUAAAUAUGAAGCCAUGAUGUAUUGUUUUUCCCUCAAGAACAUUUCAUAAAAACCAGAACUCAGUAAAGCCAGUUGUUCUUUUGGAUAAGCCAAAUAAAAGGUGUUCUACCUAAGCACCUAGGGACUCUUGAUUUAAUCUAACUGAAAUAUUAACUUCAAUUUUUUUAAGACUUCAAUAACUGAUAGUUCUAAUUUAUUUCUUCUGAGAAAUUUGUGUUGGAAUUCUAAUCGAUAUUAUUCUAAAGAUUAAAAACAUUCUGGCUGGAAAGUAGAGAUAUAUCUACUAUUAAAAU